AUGUAUAGAGGUAUCAUAGGGUCACUUCUGUACCUCACGACAAGCAGACAAGAUAUUGUUUUUAGUGUGGGUCUUUGUGCAAGGUUUCAAUCAAAUCCAAAGGAAUCUCAUCUGAAAGCUGCCAAGAGAAUCCUGAGAUAUCUCAAAGGAACACAGGACCUGGUUCUCUACUAUCCCUCAGGAGAAAAUUUUGAUAUAGUCGGAUAUGCGGAUGGUGACUAUGCUGGGUUUCUAGUGGACACAAAAAGCACUUCUGGCAUGGCACAUUUUCUUGGCUCAUGUCUAAUUUCAUGGGGCACAAGGAAACAAAACUCAGUGGCACUCUCAACAACAGAAGUGGAAUAUGUGGCAGUGGCCUCUUGCUGUGCUAACCUACUGUGGAUUAAGCAGCAGUUGGAAGACUUUGGAGUGUUUUCUGACUGUGUGACAAUACCAGUGCUCUCAACAUGGCCAAGGAUCCCAUCCAACAUAAGAGAACUAAGCACAUUGAUGUGCGUCACCACUUCCUCAGAGACAAUGUUGAAAAAGGACUUAUCUGUAUGA